UAGUUACUUGGGAUAGAUGAAGUGGUAAUGACGUUCGGAAAUUAAUGAGAAAAUCUUGGUUGAAAUAGAUAUGGUGAAAGUUUUUUUCAAUGUUAAUGUUAAUGUAAACUAAGACUGUUAAAACUUGAUAAAUAGUUAAAUAUGGAUGGAAAUUCAGUGUUCAUCGCUCUAACAAACGCUUGCAGCCAAGAUCCGAAUGUGCUUAAGCCUGCUGAAGAAAAACUAAAAAUUCUGGAAACUCAGCCUGGUUUUUAUAAACUUUUAUUGUUGAUUUAUACCAAUCAUGAAGUAAGUCCGAAUGUGAGAUGGUUAGCUGUUGUCUGUCUGAAGAAUGGUGUUGAAAAAUACUGGAGGAAGUCAGCACCUAAUGCUUUAUCAGAUGAAGAGAAAUUAGAAAUCAAAGAUCAGUUGUUGAUAUCAUUCAAUGAGCCAGAGUCCAAAAUAGCUGUCCAAUUGGCAGUUUUGAUUUCUAAAGUAGCCAGACUUGAAGCAAAAACAUGGCCUGAAUUGCUACAGGCACUCUCUCAGGGUCUUCAGAGUUCUGACAUGAGAUACAGGUCAAGGUCAUUGUUGAUAUUUCAACAUGUGGUGAAAAUGCUUGCCUCAAAGCUUCUCUCUGAUAAAGAGAUAUUUCGUGAGCUUGCUUCAAAUACAUUUAACUUCAUGUUGUCCAUGUGGAAUGACUACAUGAGACAUUAUACCACAUUGAUUCAAAAACAGAAUCAAAGUUCUUUUGACAUUCAAGAAGCUUGUUUGUUGUCAACUAAAAUUUUGAAAAGUUUUAUGGUACAUGGUUUCAAAAAAUAUGAAGAAAACUCCUCACAUUUGGAAUUUAUAAGAACAUGCUUGGGUGUCGCAAGACAGUUAUUGUCUCUCCGUUUGGAAAUGUUGACUUGCAAUCAAACAGCAGUUGAUAUGAUGGAAAAACUUAUUACUUCUCUCAUUAAAAUGGUCCUAAGUGUCCACGAGUACCAUGCUAUAUACUGCGUUUCUCUCCUGGAAGACAUUCUUCAAUUCUGUGCAUUUUAUGUAUUUUCAAACCGUGGCAGUGAUUUGAUUUUUGAGAAGUUCACUGUCCAUUGUUGUAAUCUCAUGUCGAACAUUGUAAAAUGUGAAUCUUACAAACUACCAAACUCGAUGACUGGUGCCAUUGACGAAGUGAUUCUACAAGCCCACAAGAUCCAAAAAUCAUUCUUCACACAAGAAAUUGUAAACGAAAUAGUAAAAGGAUUGGUAUCUCACUACUUUUUACUUACUCAAGAGGAUAUAGCUCUUUGGGAUUCGGAUCCUGAGGAGUUUGAGAAUGAAGAAGUAGGCGAAUCAUGGCGCUAUCAGUUACGGCCAAGCACCGAAAAGCUUUUGCUCAUUUUGUUCAAAGAAUUUCGUCCUUUAGUGACGCCCGUGAUUGUGAAUAUUAUUUCGUCAGUUCGAGGUCUUCCUGAUACAGAAGAUUUUUCAAUAUUGUUACAAAAAGAAGCAGUGUAUAAAGUUGCUGGUCUUUGUUCCUAUGAUCUGUUUGAAGAAAUUGACUUUGAAAAAUGGUUAACUCAAGACUUGCUUAAAGAGUUGCAAAAUAAAAGCGUGAAUUACAAAAUAAUUCGUCGUCGAGUUAUUUGGUUGAUUGGAAACUGGAUAAAUGUAAAGCUAUCUCCUCCUUAUCGUCCGAUGGUCUAUGAAAUAAUUUUGGAUCUUUUAAAAGAGACUGAUGACCUAGUGGUCAGGUUAAAUGCAUCAAGAACCUUGCAAUACGCUGUCGGUGACUUUGAAUUCCGAACUCAAGAGUAUUUACCGUUUUUGGAGGAUAGCGUUGCGUUGCUGUUCAAACUGUUAUGUGAUGUUAAAGAAUGCGACACUAAGAUGCGUGUUUUAUUUUCUAUGUCAACGUUGGUUGAAAGAGUCGGUCAACAGAUUAAGCCAUACGUCUCCUCGCUCGCUGGCUAUCUUCCUAAACUGUGGGUGGAGUCAGAGGAUCAUAAUAUGUUACGAUGCUCAAUUCUUGUCACUCUCAGUUUCAUUGUAAAGGGACUUGGUGCGGAUUCAAUUCAUCUUUAUCCAUUUCUCACGCCAGUUAUCCAACUAAGUACAGAUGUUACCCAGCCUGCACAUGUGUAUCUUUUGGAAGAUGGAUUGCUGCUUUGGUCACACGUUUUAAGAAAUGCUCCCACCAUGACUCCAGAGUUACUGCAUCUAUUUAAUAACAUCCCUCAUCUCUUGGAGUUAAGCUCCGAGAAUUUAAGGACGAGCUUCUCUAUAGUCGAAUCUUAUGUAUUGUUGGGUCGUAUGGAGUUUUUGCAGGUCUGGGGUCAUCUUCUUGUUGACACUUGCAGUAAUCAUCUUGGAAAUUAUAGACCCGAGGGAAACAUGAUUUUAGCUAAGAUAAUUGAGACGGUUUUCCGAAUGUUCCCCGCUGAUGGACCGAACUUAUUCGAACCGAUUCUCCAAAAAAUAUUUUUUGCAAUUAUUGAUGGUCAGGAAUAUGGUCCUCUGUUGGCAGUUUACGUCUCAUUAUUUUCAAUUGUAAUCCUGAACAGUAGAGAAUAUUUGGAUGCUUUUAUUCAAAGUAUUUCAAGACAGACUGGGAAACCGGUAGAUGAGUUGCUCGGAGGAUUUAUAGAUUCUUGGCUCGAAAGGAUGGAUUCCAUUACAACACAUGAAAGAAGAAAGCUUACGGUCAUGGCUUUCUGUUCAUUUCUUUUAAUGAAACGAGAAGUUAUUUUGAAUCGUUUGGCUGUCAUCCUCGAAGUAACUCUAGACGUUUUGAAGGAAUUUUCACGAUCCGUAUUCUUUGCUUUCGUUGUGAAUUCCGAUGAUGAAGAUUAUGGGGAAGAUCACGAUACACAAGAACAUCGAAGAAGAAAGCAGCUGAACGCUAAGGAUCCUGUGUACUCUAUCAAACUCCCAAUAUUCGUACGAAACUGUUUGCAACAAUGUCAACAAAUAUUUGGUGAGGAGAUCUUCCAUGCUCACAUGUCAACCGUUGAGAUUUCAGUAGUGAACGAACUGCAGUCUUUUGUCAAUAUUCAGAGUUGAUAUUGAUAUGGAGCACAGAAAAAGUCCAGUUCACCAUGCCUGGAGUCAUUAGCCGUUACCCAAAACCUUCACCUUGGCCCUCUAUUAAUGACGUCACUAAACUAUGGCUGCCAUGCUGUAAAUCUUAAUGAAUUUAAACAUCAUAGUUAGUGUAAUGAAUAAAGUAACUAACCCAAAAUGAUGUCGUUAGUAUGGUGAGGAUUGCAAAUGGGAUUUCCAACGUAAUUAUUACUACGUGUACAUGAAGUCUAUUUCGUUUCACAAAUCUGGAUGACUGAAUCUUACUAAAGCCUGGGAAUGCUUGGAGUGAAAUUAUGUUAGCAACAAGCGGAAAAGCACUAGUAUAGCGUAAAUCAAUAGACACAUUAUAUAGACAUGCAAACUUUAUGUUAUAGUUUAUACUAGUGAUUUCCGCUAUCAUGAUUUUAUUCCAGGUAUUUUUUCUCCCCACCUAAGCAAUGCAUUGAUUUCACUCUGGGCAUUCAAUAUUUGGGUUUACAAAAGGUCAUUAAGAACACUAUGAAUCAUUCCUAUAACUACUAAUAGAGCAUGAUUAGAACAUUAUAAGGUUGGGAUUAAAAAGUCACCAACAAAAUUAGUCAUUUUCAUAUUUGCGUAAAAGUAAAGAGAAUAUUGAUGGGAAAUUUUUAAUUUAUCUUAAAGAAUGCUAUUUCGUUGUUAUUUACAUGACCUAAAAUAUUGAUCUUCACUAAACGUCACUAAAUAAUCAAUAAACAAGUGAUUUUCAACCAACCAGUUGAAAAGUUUUA